AUGCCGCCAGCUGACCUGGCAGAGUGCCUGCUGCCGCCUGCGCUCGCGGCGCUGCGGGACAACCGGGAGGAUGGCAAGGAGGUGUGUGAGGCCUGGGUCGGCGUGCUCAUCGAGCUGCUCCCGUCCCUGGGGCGCGACGCGGGCGCGCGCGAGGUGCUGCAGCUGGCGCUGUCCAAGGGGCAGGUGGACGAGAGCGUCGCGAGCCGCGUGCUGUGCUGCCGGCUGCUCGGGGCCGUCACGCCCAGGCUGCGGCGGGAGGACGUCGAGGCUAGCUACUCAGCCAAGAUGGUGGCGCUGUGCCAAGAUACAGACUACCAGGUGCGCGUCGCCGCCUGCCAGCAGCUGCCGGCGCUCGCGCGCAGCCUGGGCGAGGACGGGCUGCGGCGGCAGCUGCUGGAGGAGCUGGCGCAGCUGCUGGAAGACGAGGAGGUGCAGGUCAGGGCAGCUGCGCUGGCCUGCCUGGCGGACGUCGUGCAGUGGGUGGGCCCCGAGCUGCGGGCGGCGUCCCUGCUGCCGUUGAUACGCGGCCACAUGCAGCCACUCGGGUUGGAGGUGCCCGUACAGCGCUCCCUGGCCGGCCUGUUUCCCACAAUCCUUGCUGCGGUGCGCGACCAGCUGGCGGCGGGCGACGCGGCGCUUUUCUACAGCUGCUUCCGUCACCUCGCCGCGCGGCCCGACGCGGAGCUGCGGCGCGCGUGCGCCGCGCAGCUGGUGCCGCUGAUGCGGGCGCCGCUGCCGGGGGCGGCGGGGUCAUAUUUCCAUGACACGUGGGCUGACAUGGCGCUCGAUCACGACGAGCAGGCGAGCGUAAUCGGC